GAAGUGCAGGGCGCCGCCCUGGGAGGCUGCGGGUGCGCUCUCCGCUGCGGCAGCGGAACUUUCCGGGACCAUGGUGCAGCUUUACAACCUGCACCCGUUCGGGUCGCAGCGGGUAGUGCCCUGCAAGCAGGAACCGGCGCACUUCUGCUGCGGCCAAGACGUGCUAUUUGUGGCGAGCACGGCGGCCAGCUGCAGGGUGGAGGUGUUCGCUGUGCGCGAACAGGGCCGCUGCGAUGCCCUGGGCUCCUUCGCCACGCUGGGUCCGGUGCUGCGCAUGGCGCAUAGCUCGGCAGGAGACUAUCUGGUGACAAUUGAAGAAAAAAGCAAAGCAACUUUCCUAAGAGCAUAUAUGAACUGGAGAUGCAUGUCUGCAGGGAGUUCUCGCGUGUGUGUUCGGAUGGUUGGUCACAAGAUGGAAGAGUCAUACAGUGAAACCUUAAAAGAACAGAUGUCAGUUGUUGAAAUGCCACUUUCAGAUCCUCCACUGUGCAUUUCAUGUUGUCCUGUGAAUGGAGAUCUUCUUGUAGGCUGCAAGAAUAAACUAGUCAUGUUCUGUUUGAAAUACCGGGUCAUAAAUCAGAAUUUGACUGUGUUAGAUUUUGAACGCUCCUUAAUUUUGCACAUUGAUAACCUCAUUCCUGCUGAAGUUGCAUUUUGUGCCAGACAUAUAGCCAUAACAACAGAGCUGGAUGUUCUAAUCCUGAAACUGGAGCUGGUCCAGCAAAGUGCAGACAGGACAGAGCAAUGUACUCACGGAGUCGGUGCACCAGAAAAGGCUGUGGAUGGAGGUGUGAAAGAUGAAAGUCCUUCAACACAUCCUUUACAGCUCGAAUUAGAUGAGUUCAUCAUAUGUCAGAAGCCAGUGGAACUGCUUGGGGAAGAAAGUAAGCUGUGUGAGAUACCUGUCACACUGGAAUCGACAGAGUUACCUACAGAAGACACAAAGCACUUCCAAGUGCAGUAUCUGCUUUACAGACGUUUUGCACCCGACCAGUCACCUUUUGGGUUUUGUGAAGAGACAAAGUUGCACUCUGUUCAGCUGCUUCCUGUAUACCAGACAGGAAUUUCUGCAACGGCCUAUGAGGAAACUGAGAACAAGAGAAAGCUUCUGAGUCUCUUCUGCUUUUUCUCUUUACCUCAUGUUGGGUAUCUCUACUCUAUUGGGAAUUUAGUAGAACUAAUUUCUACUUACCAAUAUUCUGAGAAGUCAGAGCAGGCAAUCCUUACUCCACAGUUCCUGCACGUCAUUACAAGUCAGAACCUGCAGUGCUUCACUGUGCGAUGCAGCGCAGCAGCAGCUCGUAGUGAGGAUCCAUAUAUUGACACGACCGUGAAGGCUUGUCCACCUGUCACACUGGAUGUCUGUACAUUAAGAAUGCAGCUUUUUAUAGGACCAAGAGCUAUCUGUCAUUUCAAAAACUAUAUAAUUCUUUUGACUAAGGCAGACACAGAAGAUAUUACUGAAAGAAGAAAGCCUACAAGAAGGAUGCUUUCCAGAAAGGCUGGCAGCAUCAAAUCCAGAACAAAUUCUGAGUCAGAGCCUGGUUGGAAUUUAUAUAUUAUAAACACUGUUUCAACAAUUCAGCUUUACAGAGAAAUGGUAGAUUAUAGUAGAACUUACGAAAAUGUUAAAACUGAGAGCUGCAUCCAUCUUCUAAGUGAGGCUCAUUUACUGGUCAGAGCAGCUAUAAUGGACCCUUAUUUCCUUAAAUCAGAUGAGAAGGAAGAUCUUCUAAGAGCAUUCAGAGAAAGUUGUGCCUUCUUAGGAGACUGCUACAGCAGGUUUGACACAAAGGAUUACCACCUUGCUUUGCCGUACUACAGAAUGUCAGGUUUAUCCAUGACCGAAGUUUUAAAGAGACUAGUUUCAGAAGGUGAUGAAAUACAGACGUAUGAGAGAGGAUUUAUAUUUUACUUAACUCAUUCUCUUAAUGAAGACUCAAAUGAAGAAUUAAGUAAGGAAUCAGGUAAUAAAGUUCUCCAGAUACUCUAUCUCACGGACCCUGUGCAGCUGCCUCAUAUCCUUUGCAGUCCCAGCAUGAGAAACAUAUGUCCUUUGACGGCUGUGAAGUAUCUUCAGAAAGUAGAAAAGACGAUGCCAUCGGUGGUCCUGACGCUUACUAAGGCUUUCUUGGCUUUGAAAAUGGGAGACCUGACAAUGUAUGAACAUGAAAUGGACUCCUAUAAGGAGACAACACUGGCUUGUGGCUUCAUUGGGCAACCACGACUCCUGCUGCAUCGCAAGGAAGGAAUUGUUAUGCCAACUGAGUUUGCUGUUCACCUGAAGGAGAUGCAGCCUGGUUUACUGGUGGCUGCCACUGUGGCUUUAUAUGAGAACAGUAAAAUUGAACUAGAAGAAGCAGAUACCUUUUUCAAGAUGUUGUGUAAAAGCGGUGAAAACUCUGUUCCCCAACUCCUGGUGGAUUUCUGGGAAGCUCUUCUUGUAGUGUCCUCUCAGGAAGAAAUACUUCAGGAGCUCCUGUUGAGGGUUACUUCUCAAUAUGCUAGGAGAAUAUCAAGGAAGCAACUUUCUGAGACUAAGCCAUUGAAAACAACAGAGGAUCUAAUAAAUUCCUGUAGUCACUUUGGGUUGAUUGUCCCGUGGGUAACUUCCAUAAUGUCAGUGGGAUGUUCGUCUGACAAAGGUUACCAUGAAGACAUCUCAAGACUACAGUCUCUUUUAUGUAGUCAGUCAAUCAAUAUAGCUUCAGCUCUGCCUGUUUUGGAGCCCCUGACAGAGGCUGACAAUGUCGGCCUCACCAUCCGUGUUCUCUGCAAUACCUGUCUGGGCGAGUAUGAGAAAGCCAUCGACCAGCUCCUCAGAAAGUGUCCUGAUGCAGCUGUGUUCUAUGCUCAGCAUGAGCUGAAAGAUGACAAUCAGGCUCUGUGGUGGAACAAGCUGCUUCCUGAACUUUGCAAGAGAGCUAGACUUACUGGAAAUGACUGCCCUGUUCUUAUUUCGUCACUCAAAGAGACUUUAUCAAUUGUUGCAAUGGAACUGGAGCUAAGGGAUUUCCUCACUCUUCUACCAGAGGAUGGAACUGCAGCAUUUUUUCUGCCACAUCUUCUUCAAUGCAGCCAGAAGAAGCUGCUGACCUAAAACCUGUGGACCUGCUAUCCGCUCAACUACAAAGAAUGUGCUGUAAUAAAAAAGUAAAUGAAACAA